AUGCACAACAUCGCAAUUCUCGGUGGUGCCACUAUGGUUGCCCUCUCCAUGGUUCCCUCCUGUCCAGCCCCCAUUGGCCUGAUCAUCACUGGUCUUGCCGCUCCACUUGCUGGUGGCCUGGCCUACAUUGGCCUCGAGUCCAACAUCAAGCGGGACAUUAAUGGCAUGCGCAUAGUCCCUCGUGUCGAAGGCUACCCGGGUGUUUCGCAGCAAUCCUAUGACCAGUGCAGGGACUCCAACAACGGAGCGAAGGUCACUGUCACUCAGACCGCUGAGUCCAGUUUCCGCCUUGACGGUGUCACCCCCGAGUGCAUGGUCCUGGCUGCUUUGUUCACCAGCAGUGGCUCUCUCUACCCCUGUGGCUCUGCUUGCCUUCAGUACAACGACCUGGACAGUGCCGAUGUCACCAAUCUCCAAAACACUAUCCAAAGCCUUCUGUGA